AUGCAAAGCCUCUUCCCCUCAGGCCCCCAAAGCUCUGUGCCCCAGCGCCCUCCAGAAGACCAGGCGCCCCAUAGAGCAGAAGCCGGAGGAAACAUCCUUUACUGGAGGAAACAUCAGGAAAAACUACUUGAACUUUGUUGGAAGGGACCUGACUACUGCAAGCUCUACAAUUACGGCGAAAAUCUAUAUAACUCUGCACCAGUGGUAUUAGCCAAGGGGGCAGCCUCAGACAGUUCACUAGCCAAACAGGAAACAGUAUAUGUCACUUCAUCUCGCGCCUGUGUCAACAACGCAGAAAAAAUGGAACUGCAGUUACUUGGCUUGGAAAAGUCAAACCUGAAUCUUACCAUAAUUUAA